UUAGAGGCGCCGCGGGGAACGGGAAGGGAAGGGGAAAGGGUAAGGAAGGGGGAUUCCCCCGCCGCCCCCCGCGCGGGGAGACGGGGGGAGUGCGGGGGGCGCGGCGGGAGCGCGGCAGCGGGAGCGCGACUAGGGAGGAGUGGAGAGGAGCGGAACGAGCGGGCGGCAUCCCCGGGCCCGGUGAGCCCCGCGGGUGGCGAGGGAGGGGAGGGUGUGCGAGUGUGCCCUGCGGCGGGGUGUGUGCGAAGCCAGGGAAACGCGUGGGUGCGAGCGUGUGCGGGAGCAUCAUCGCCACGGCUGUGCGGAACAUCACCCACAGGGUUCUGCGGAGCGCGCCUGUGCGAGUGUGUGCGGGAGCAUCAUCCAGAGGGGCGUGCGGGAGCGUGCGUGUGCGGGAGCAUCAUCCGCAGGGGUGGGGGGAGCGCGUUUAUGCAACGCGCGGGUAGCUGCGUGUGCCGUGACACACGCGCGCGCGGCCGCAGCACACGCGCAAGCGGGACACGGCGGUGCGCGGUCCCCCGCCCGCGGCCGGGCGCGGCUGAGCGGCGGGGCUCUCCCUCCCUCCCUCCCUGCGGCAGGUGCGGGAUGCGGCGGAGCGCGGCGGCGUGCUGGGCGCUGGUGCUGCUGGCCGCCACCUUCUGCGACACGGUGGCCGGCAAGGGUGGGCGCGGCGGAGCCCGCGGGGCGGCCCGCGGCGCGGCGCGGGGGGCGGCCCGCAGCCGGCCGCGGGCGGCCGUGCCCCGGUACGGCUCUGCCGGGGCGGCCCUGCGCGUGGCGGGGGCGGCGGCGGCGGGAGCGGCGGCCGGCGUGGCGGCGGGGGCGGCCCUGCGCCGGGCCCGGCUGUCCGGAGAGCUGCAAGCGGGCGACAGCGUCGAGUACCGCGACGGCAACUGGACGGCGGCCGCCAGCGCCUGGACCUCCGCCGCGCCGGCCGGGACCCCGCCGAGCCGGGCGCUGCCCUGGCUCUGCCCGCUGGCCGCCCUCCUCCGCCGCUGAUGGAUUUCGGGGGACCUGACUGUGCCCGGUGCACUCACGACGCCGCGAGGACCGGCCGCCCCUCACGGGGCUGAGCCCCAUGCCCCGGGCGAGCAGCGGUUCCCGGGGCUAUGGCCACCCACCGCCGGCGGGGCAGGACCCCCGCGGAAGACCCUCCACCACCACCCCUCCACACCGAGCCAAACCCCGCCGGCUCGGGCUCCCCUCUGCACCGCGCUCCUAUCCGUGGCCUCGCCGAGUCCGGAGGCCGAGGAGGCGGCAAUAAAACUGGGCGAAAGCA